AUGGUCGCCACGGAAAUCCCCAAGCACUACACUGCGUCGCCAUCUUCGCACAUGGGCACGCCUCAUUUGACAAUCAACAAAGAGGCCACUAUCGACCUCGACUCCACCAACUCUUUCGAGGGUCCUGAGAAGCUGCUGGAAGUAUGGUUUAGUUCCUCUGCCACCGACCUGCCCGGCCAGGCCGGUCCGCUUGGCCUCAAGAAGGUGUCUGCUGAGAUCUGGAAGGAGAUGCUUGACCUGGUCAACUGCAAGGUCCUGUCUGUCAUUGAGUCUGAGCACGUCGAUGCCUACUUGCUCUCCGAGUCGAGCAUGUUCGUCUUCCCGCACAAGGUCGUGCUGAAGACGUGCGGUACCACUACCCUUCUCUGGGGCCUCACCCGUCUCCUUGAGAUUGCCGCAGUCAAUGCCGGCUUCCCCUACGUCACGCCCCAGCCUGGUUCUGGGUUCGCCGCUGCUGCCACGCCAUACCGCGUCUUCUACAGCAGGAAGAACUUCCUUCACCCAGAGAUGCAGCAAGGUCCUCACCGUAGCUGGCGUGACGAAGUCCGCUUCUUGGACCAGCGUUUCGAGGGCGGCAGCGCUUACAUGAUUGGCAAGAUGAAUGGUGAACACUGGUACCUCUACAUCACGGGUCCUGAUACCAGUCUGACCCCUCCCCCCAGCCCCGGUUCCGAGGAGGUCGAUCGUCGUGAGACCAAGACCAAGUUCAUGAGCGUCCCUGAGCGCAUGCUACCCGAGAUGAACACCGACGAAGAAGAAGACGAGACUCUGGAGAUACUCAUGACUGACCUCGAUGUGAAGAACGCCCGUCAGUUCUACCUCGAGGACGCGAGUGCGGUCGCGGAAGGUCGCUAUGUCCAGAGGGCCCGUGAGGCUCGCAAGAACGCUAUCCAAUCCCUUGGCUCCAUCCCUGAGGGCGAGUGCGAGAGCCUUGGUGGUUCUACGGUCCUCAACUCUACUGCCACCACCCACAUCUCCGACGAGAGCUUCGAUGUCUUCGAACAGACUUCCUCCGAUCACUCGGGCUUCAAUUCUGACGAGGAGCUCACCUUCCCUGAGGAGUUGACUACCGAGGGUCACACCUUGGGUACUGUCGUCUCUGAGCACUGUGGCCUGGCCGAUGUCUACCCCACUUCGAAGUACCCGGACGCUCGCAUUGACGCCUACCUCUUCACUCCCUGCGGCUUCUCUGCCAAUGGCGUUGUGCCCGCUCCAGGCGGCGCGCCAAACGGAUCCAAGAAGGGUUCUGAUGCCACGCACUACUUCACUGUACACGUCACCCCGGAGCCUCAGUGCUCUUAUGCCUCAUUCGAGACCAACGUCCCUGCUCGCCAGAGCGGUCGCGAGACUGCUGACGUCAUUGAGCACGUGGUUGGCAUCUUCAAGCCUGGCCGCUUCAGCAUCACUUUGUUCGAGGCCAAGCCUUCGCCUGACGAGCUGCCCGGCAAGAACCUCGAGAAGAGCAAGCGUGUGGAGGUGAUCCCUGGCUACCGCCGUGUCGACCGCAUUGUGCACGAUCUCGAAGGCUACGACCUUGUGUUCAGGUACUACGAAAGGGAUGACUGGAAGGGAGGAAAGCCUAGGUUGGGCGAGAUCUUUUAG